AUGCUCAGUCGAGGCCAAUUUCCGGCCCCCCAUGUGGCGGCUGGGGAGGAGUCGGUAGACAUCAGUGAUAUAUGCAAGUCAGUUGGCAAUGAUGGCUUCCAGAGCCUUGUUCAACAUGCUGAGAAGAGUGAUUGGCUGGUACACUUUGAGUUGUGUGUAGUCGUCUUUUCCUGGCUUUCAGAGGGCUACUGUGAUGGUAUCUUUGAAAUGAGUGGGACAGUAGCCCUGUUCAAGACAUGCAUUGAAGAGUUUAUGAAGGCUGAGAAGGAGGAUAUCAAGUGUCUGGUGCAAGAUUCUGUUGGUGAUGCCAUCAGCUCCAGGGGUCUUGUUCGGGGAGACUCUGCACACUGCCUUCUCAAUCUCUGCUGUGGUUCGGAAGAACGUACGACCGUCGGAUAA